AUGGAUGAGCAAUAUUUGAAAGUUGAUGGACAAUUCGGCGGUUUGGAUCAGCGAAAAAUUUUCAUUUUGGCCGAGGAGCAAUUGCCGAAACUGAAAUUGGGUAAACGUUUCCAUUUGAUGAAUCCAAUGGUUCCCGGCCUGCAUGGCUCAAAAAUGAGCAGGCAUGUUUGUUCGAUUGAUUCGCAUUCACUUGUUCGUCUUGGUGUAAAUAUUUACUCUGUGGAGAAUUCUAAAAUUGAUUUGUUGGAUCCGCAUGAUGUGAUUAUUGCUAAAUUGGAUGGAGCGUUAUGUGAACGAGGCAAUCCGGAGAAUGGAGUUUUAGCGUUCUACGAGCAUGUUUUAAUGCCGUUGUCAACACAGAAUCCUGUUUUGGUUGGUGGCCACUCGUUUACAGAAUUCGCCGAGCUGAAGGAACGAUUCGAAGCAGGCGACAUUCAAGAAACGGACUUGAAGAACACUAUGAAAGAAUUCCUAUGCAAAGUAUUGGGUUCUGUGCAGUCACAAUGUCUCACUGAAGAAAUGCAGCAAGUUUUAUUGAAAGGCUAUGCAAACGUUGAACAUACUGUUUCGAAAACAACGACGAGCGCAGAACCGAAACAGGUGGAUCUCAGUGAAUCGCAAACGAAAUUACUUGAGCGCAUCACCGGAAAUGAUGAGAUUGUCACAGGGGAGUGUCACCUGAAAGAGUGUAUUGCAAGUGGUCAGCCAUUACAUGUUAUAUAUUCGAUUGCUCCGAAAGGUCGUUUCCAUCUGGGAUUCGUAAAAGCAUUGCUUAAAUUAAGGGUACGUUGCUUUUGGAAAACACUUCCACUUCUCAGUUUUAUUACGAGUGCUUAUUUUUUAUGUUGA